AUGCCCUCCAUCUCGCAGGGCCUCGCGGCCUCCCCGCUCGAGUCCUCCGCCGACAGCCAGCACUCUCCCGUGACGCCCAACCUGACGCCGCCCCCCAACACGCCGCUCUCGCCGCUCUCGACGCCCUCCAGCCCGAAGCGGCGCAAGAGCCCGACGGGGCAGACGCCGGACCCCAACCCGCUGAGCCCCGACCUGGUCCCGCCCCCCAACACGCCGCUGUCGCCCGGCUCGUACCCGGCCAGCCCGCACCAGAGCCUCGGCCUGCCCAUCAACAAGGACGACACGGCCUACCUGCAGAACGCCAGCCCCGGCAGCAACGGGCCCCUCGACAACAUCCUCAGCCCCGACCCCGUGGACCUGACCAACCUCCGGCCGCUCGCGGGCGACGCCUUCGCCGCGGACUGCAAGAUGCCGCGCAAGCUCUUCCCAACGGACAACAUGAACAAGGCGGAGGCCGUGAUCAAGGAGCUGGUGACGCUGGGCAACGGCGUCUACGACGAGAGCAGCCACGACCGGAACGGCAACCGACCGCCGGCGCCGAAGCGGUUCCACGAACACCUGGUGAAGUCGGGCGACUGGAGCGCCCUGCAGGACCGUGAGAAGCGCAUCGCCGCCUGCUGGAACCACACGCUGCACGAGGAGCACAGGCACAGCCCUUCCAAGAACGCGCUUCCCCUCGCCGAGAACAAGGUGCAGAAGUCCUCCAACGGCCCCGUCACCAAGGGCAAGCACGGCGCGCAGAAGCAAAGCGACAAGAAGAAAGCCAGCAAGCCUUCCGCCGCCAACGAAAGGAAGCCACUCCUGCUCGAGCAGCGAAGGGGGUGGGACUUCAAGCAAGGGACACGCUACAGGAAGCUCAAGAUCCCGAUGAUUGACGACGACGAAGACAACUACAGGAAGCCUGACUCGCCGAGGAGCAGCUCAUCCUCGUCCUUCUCCCUCGACAUACUAACUGCCGAUGGGGCGGCGCAAUUGGCUGAGCAGCUUUGUGACGUCACGAGCGAGGCGGGCAGACUCAUCACACAAGAAGUCAAAGAGGGCAUCGACUACCUGACGCAGCCGGAGGACAUGCUCGAGUUCACCUGGAUCGACGCUCUCACGGGCCUCGUGUCGAUCCUCACCUUCGGCUUCGACCUCGUCAGCGACUCCCUCGCCGUCUACUACAUGCGCGACGACCCGGACGCCAAGGAGUACUUCUUCGUCACGCUCAUGCUGCUCGUCGUCCCUCUGGUCAUAGCGAACGGGUUCAGCCUCUACUGGUACUGGUUCGACGAGCGUGUGUGUGAACCGGAGAUGUGCUACCGUCAUCCUCGGGUUCCGAACUACGUGUGGGGAGUCCGGGUGUUUGCGCAUCUGCUCCUCCAGGCCAGUGUGCUCAG